AAAAAGGAGUGUAAACAAUUGCGCAAUGAAAAUCAAGUGUACACUCGAAGAGAUAUUUGAAUUUUUCUCUUAUUUUGAUAGCAUCAUCUUCCAGAUAGCCCUCCCGAUUCUGGAUCGGAACCGCCUUUCUCUCCUCCUCAUGAAGAUCCUAAAUUAGUACACGGAAGAUCGGGCCAAUUAGAGAAGAUGCAAUCUCAAACCGAAAAUCUCAAGCACCAUUACAUAACGUACGGCAACACGCAGCCCUUGAAACACUUACCCGAUCCGGGGCUAACGGUGACUCCUCCUCAUCAGCAUUCACCUCACUCGGGCAGUCACCCGCUGAUGACUCAUAAUCAAGCAACCGCGGGAGGACAAGGACUAACCCAGCUUUCUCCCAUGUCGGUAGUUCCAAACGUUCCACAACCAAGUUUGCCUUCUUUGGUGACCACCGCCGCUCAUUUAGGAAAUCUUUUCGCCGGAGCGGACGAUUACAUCUGCGAGAGUUUAGAUAAUCCGCAAAAUAAUCCGUCCAAGAAACGAAAAUUGUCGGAUUCUUCCAAGAAUGUUGUGGUCGGCAAUCUCCUCAACGGAAUCGUUCACGUCAAACAAGAACCGGGAAGCGAUCCGCUCAAAUCGGGUGCAAUUUUUACGGAUUUAGGUGGUUUGUCUCCAGAACCAGCGACUACUUCGUCUGUCCUUCCUACUUCCGACGAAGAUUACAGCUUCGAUUUCGCAGGAUCGGAAACAUCGCAAAUGUUUUUAGAUUCUACGUAUCAAUGUAUACGAUUUCAACCCUUUCAACAAAAUUCGUGGCACAUUCUCUUAGAUCGAAACUUAAAAGAACUACCUCCGCCAAACUAUCGGGUCGAUGCCGACAAAGGAUUUAAUUUUAGUAACGCCGACGAUGCCUUCGUAUGCCAAAAGAAAAAUCAUUUUCAAGUGACCGUCCACGUUCAGCCUGUUGGAGAACCUCAAUUUGUAAAAACACCCGAAGGGGUCAAACAGAUAGACAGCUUUUAUCUUCAUUUCCACGGAGUCAAAGUCGAAUCUCCCAGUCAAACGAUUAAAGUGGAGCAAUCUCAAUCGGACAGAAGUAAAAAACCUUUUUAUCCAGUUCUAGUGGAACUGGCUUCCGAACAAGUCACUAAGACGACUGUAGGAAGGCUGCAUUUCAGUGAAACGACAUCGAACAACAUGAGAAAGAAAGGUAAACCAAAUCCAGAUCAGAGGUACUUUUAUUUGGUUGUCAGCCUCUGCGCUCACGUCGACGAUCAAAGCUAUCAAAUAAUUGCGCACGCUUCCGAAAGGAUUAUUGUUCGAACUUUGUCUUUCUGUCAGGCAUCUAAUCCUGGUCAAUUUGAAAAUGAUUUGGAAUUGUGUUGGCAGAAAGGUCAUCUGGCAGAUUCCAUAUAUCACGCUGGUCGAGUCGGGAUCAAUACGGAUAGACCCGAAGAAUCGUUAGUCGUUCACGGAAAUAUAAAAUUAACGGGUCAUAUUGUACAGCCGUCCGAUACACGGGUGAAAAAAACUAUCGAAGAACUGGAUACGCGGCUUCAACUUCGGAACGUAGCCAACAUGAGAAUAGUUAAAUACAGCUACUUACCCGAAUUUGGGAAACAAGUGGGACUAACGGAAGAAGAUCUGUCCGGAACGGGUGUUUUGGCUCAAGAAAUUCAACAGAUUUUACCGGAAGCUGUUCGCGAAAUUGGAAAAGUAGUAUUGUCCGACGGACGGGAAGUAGAACAUUUCCUCGUAGUAAAUAAAGAACGCAUUUUUAUGGAAAACGUCGGCGCCGUGAAAGAAUUGUGUAAAGUUACCGAUAAACUAGAAACAAGAAUAGACGAAUUAGAGAGAAUGAAUAAAAAAUUAGCCAGGCUGAAAAGAAUAGACAGCAUCAAAUCCACUUCUAGCGGAAGUACCGUUACUAGUCGUUGUAGUACAGUAACAAAUUCAAGAAAGAAAUAUUAUAGGCACCAGUGCCACAAGCAAAAGCAUCAAAGUCUCUUUUGUACAAAUCACAUAGUUCAAGCAACGAUUCUCGUUCUUUUACUUCUCAUGUCUUUCUGUCUGGCUGCCGUUGCCACACUUUACGUUUUAGAAUGGCAUAAAAGACAAGAAUUCCAACCUUCUGCUAUUCUUACGUCUGUAAACACAGGAAAUCAAAAUAGUUAUAAUAAUUAUACAACUUCCACCGGAAACUCGCACUCCAGUCCUCCGCAGAGGACCUCUCCGAGUAACGCCACUUCGUUAAAUGGCCACGCAACGGAAACGAAUAAGCCACGGAACAUCUUGGCAGACGGCUUCACGCAACAACCGACGAUAGCGGUUUCUAGAGGUUCCACUCGUAAACCCCUGCCAAAGACGAUCGGUAUUCCGCCUCGAUGUAUCGAUUCUUCGUCGUGCGCGGUUACGUGUUGCAGUAAUACACACGCCGAAUCUCGAGAGGAAAUCAAAAGUUAUCCCGUCGACACGAGAGCAAUUACAGACAACGGCCGGACGACGUCACAAAGGGGAACGAAUAAUACAAACACAGAUUUAAAAACACGCAAAACGAAUGACACGACGGACGAAAAAGAAAGCGACGACUAUUCUUCGACCUUUUUGGAAAUCGUCGACGAUAACAACGCCGCCAGCGAGAGUCAAACGGCGGAGUCUGUGAGAAGAGUGGGGGAAACGGAACUAGUCCACACCGCGAGGAGGAGAGAGGUGGAAGCGAAAUCCGAGAAAGAUUUAUCGGAGACGGUGGAAUCACUUCGUCUUUUGCAACUAAACGUAACUUUAGAUGACAAUUUCUGUCAGCAGUCUACGAAAGGAAAUAAACUCAGUCGCUAUUCGUGUCGGAUUUUUCUCUCGAAAUACAUGAAUUUGGAAAACGUCACCUUACAGUUUCGUUUGCGGCAAACGACGACCGUAGCCAAAUGUUUAACCGGCGAAGCUCACGUCGAUUGCGCCACACCUACCCAAAUUCCUUUGGCCAAUAGAAUUUCUCAAACGGAGGAACAAAAUCCUACUUGGAGCUUACCGAUAGGUCUUUAUUUCAAAAGUUCUUACGUAUUUAGGGUUCUCUCCUACGACGUCAAUAACCAAAUGCCGUGCUCCUUGCCCGUGGAAGAUAUGGGUCAUACCUUUAUCGAAUAUCACUUGAUCUUUCAUCGAGUGUGCGAUAAGUGAUUUUCAUUCGGGAAAUGCCGAUAAUCGACUCGCACACACACACAAAGAAAAGCGACUGUCUGCUUGCCAACCAAAGAAAUAAUAAAAAAGAUGGUACAAAAUUCUUGUGACGUGUAAAAUUCAAGGAUGUGGGUGAAAUUUCCAUCGAAUAUUAAACUCGCAUUAUUUCGAGUGGACCUUUUACGCAGUCGAGCCGUAGAAUUGGAGAAGACGUGCCGACGAGAGUGACGCUUCUCAUCUAGAAGAAAGUUCCAUUUGAUGACGAUUCCUGUAUUUACUCACUUUUUAAAAACUUCUCUUUUAAAUGAAAAUUGGACGAAUCAUUUAUCUUUUCUAAUCUUGUCCAAUAUGAACAAUCGAACCAAAGUCACAUUCCUUAGGACAUAAAAGUACUUAAAGACUCUUGAGAGAAAGAGAGGAAGAUAUUUCUCUGGUUUUGUGUUCGUACGAUUUGUACUUCAUUCUAGAUGUAAAGAGAACACUAAUAUAUAUAUAUAUAUACAUACA